GCACUGGCACAUGCGCAGUGAGGCGCCUCACUCCUCCCUCAGAGUCAGCAGCAUUCCUCUUCACUUCAGUUUGUCAAAUUAAACACACGAUUAUUCUUAUUUAUCAUCAGUAUGUUUUCAUUACCGUGUCGUUUGAGGUUCGGAAGGGUUUGUGAUCAUCUAGACGAGUUUGUUCAGUUCUGUGGACGCGUUUUCAGUCAGUGACGUACAUUUGAUUCUCUUCGUGUCCUGGAAUUGUGUGAAUCAUUGAUUAAAAAUAGACUGGGUCAAAGGUCGUGACAUCAUGGAGGCAGUUCUGGAGAGGCUUCAGUCACUGACCUCAGAUCAGCUGAGAGAGGAGAUCACCGGCGCUGGACUCAAAUGUGGCCCGAUAACAGCCACCACCAGGAGCAUCUUUGAGAAGAAGUUGGCUCGAGCUCUUCUGGAGACGGACGCCACUGAUGAGGUGCAUUCUGGGAGCUCGCAUCCUGUGGAAGAGCUUCAGCAGCCAAUCAGUGACGCUCAAACCCCAGAGACAGAGACAUCUGCAGAAAGUCCGUCUGUUUAUUACGGCGUGUGUCCUCAGCCGGACGACCCUUCGGUCGAAAAUGGCUCGCCGCAUGUGUUCGUGGACAAGAUGAAGGCGCUGAAGGCUGUGAUGAAGCUGAAAGGCGCUCGAUUCAAAGCCUUCGCCAGUAGAGAAGACGCGGAGAACUUUGCUAAAGGUUCAUGUGAAGGAGGAGCGUCGCCACACAAACCUUCUCCAGAGAAACCCGGCACUGUGUCCAUCACCGAGUGGCUGUUGAGCGCAGAUGCUGCGAAUGCAGAGAAGGCCAAUGAGUUCAGGAGUCCACGAACACAAGAUCUGACGGCGAAGCUCCGCAAAACCGUGGAGAGAGGAGAUGAGGAGGCUUUCAGAGAGCUCGUCUGGGGAAACCCAAGAUAUCUCAUUGGAUCCGGUGACAAUCCGACUAUUGUGCAGGAGGGAUGCAGAUACAAUGUCUUACACGUCGCAGCAAAAGAAAACCAGCCGGGAAUCGCUCGGCUUCUCUUGGAAACACUGGAGGAUCCCGAGUUCAUGCGCCUCAUGUAUCCUCAUGAUCAGGAGCUCAUGCUGCAGCAGCGCAUCCGAUACAUCGUCGAUCUGUAUCUCAACACGCCUGACAAAGCGAGCAACGAGACGCCGCUUCAUUUCGCCUGCAAGUUUGGAUGUCCGGAGGUGGUGGAUGUUCUGUGUUCACAUCCGAGCAUCGACAAACACUGCAGGAACAAAUACGACCAGAAACCGUCCAGUGUGAUCUGUGAGCGGAAAAACAAAAGCAAGGAAGUGAAGCAGAAGAUCGUGGAAUAUUUGGAAGACAGAUUUUAUGUGCCGUUGUUGCGCACCGCUGACAACACGCUGCCUCCGGUGAUCGGCGCUCCCUGGUGUCCCGGUUCACUGGAGUCCUGCAAGCGGUUUUAUGGGCCGGACAGGAUGAUGGACAGUCCCAAAAACCCAAUAAAGUCCAUCAAGGCUUUUGUUGGGCCUCUGAAUUCAUCAAAGGCAGAGGAGUUUCACAGACUGUGGAAAACGCCGCCGCGGGAUCGAGACGGAUACUUCCGUCACAUUCUGAAGUCCGAUUCGGAGCGGGGAGCAGAGCGCGUCGGCAGAGAGCUGGCUCAUGAGAUGGGAUACCCGUGGGCAGAAUUCUGGGAUUUCCUCGAAUGCUUCAUCGACCUGUCCAGCAGGGAAGGGUUGAAGAUGCUGGACGAGCAUUUGAGGAUCACAGAAGACAGCUGUAGGUCGUUUCUUAAUUCACCAGAAGAAGAGAAGCCUGAAGAAUCCCGAGCGUUCCCGGUCUGUGACCUGAUGCAGGAGUUUGAGAAGCUCUCCGCCGAUCACAUGAACAGAACCGCUGACUCCGGCUGGCAGAGCGAUGACGAUGGAUCCAGCUGCAGCUCGGAGGAGUAUUUCACAGCCGACGAGGACGAUGAUAACGGGACGUCUUCCCCCUGGAGCGGCGGACGCUUGGAUCUGAACGCCUCGGGCUCCUCCAGCUCAUCGUUUAAAUCCACAAACAGCACGACGGAUCGCGACACCGGCCCCGUGGACCGCCACAGAUCUGAUGUUUUUAUCCUAGGUGAUUCUCCCACCAAACUGGACAGUGAGGUUCUUCUAGAGCUGAAUGACGUGGAGAUCGACCCGCUCUCACACCACAACCUCAUCAGGUGGAAGAACAAGAUUUUGUCCUAUUCUUCAUCGCAAAGACAAAGCUGGCCGUCAGCUUCACAGAUGAGCAGAGACGCUGAGAGCCGGAGUUCUACGGCCUUUACACCGAACCGUUUAACCGUCUCACCCAAGUUCAGAAGUCACUUUAACCCUGGACAGUUUAUGUUCAGCCCGCCGAGCAAGUCCUACAGUCGCCUUUAACCUGAGGUUCACUUCCAUAAACACUGAGAUCUUCAGCAGACGCUGUCAUACAUUAAAAGCUCUUACAUUUACAGUUCAUAACACUACGUUUUAUUACUUCCAAAACAGUAAUACAAGUUUUAAUUAAGAAUAUGUUUCUAUUUUUGCACAGCAAUUGGGUUGCCUUUAUCAUGCUGGGAAAAUGGUGCAAUUAUUAAUGUUUGUGGAUGUUGCGUCUGAAGUAUGAUGCAUAUGUAAUAUAUGAUUAUAAUGUAUUGAAAUGUGUUUCCUUGUUACAUAAAGACUUGUUAUAAAAACA